GGCGUCAGCUCCCAAGCAGCGACUGCAGCGGACGAGAAGACUAUGCAGAUUCCAGCUCCAGGUGGAGAGGGCUCUUACCCGUUGCGGGCAGCCAUCGCGCAGGCUGCACUCGCGGAGCAAGGACGCGCGAGAGACGCGAUUGCGCAGCAAGCCGCGGAACGGCACGUGACGCCGUUCGAACGAGCACACACAGUAGACCCGGCGCAAACUACGCCUUUGCUGGGGCAUCAUGAUGACAGUCAGGCGGAAGAACGAGAAGACUUCCCCCAAACCCCGCCCUUGGCCGACACGGAACUUUUGCCGGAAGGGGCCGUUCCGAAAGAUCAGCGAUUCGGUGGCGGAGAUGAAAAAGUGAUAAGCGGUGCACAGGAGCGACAAGAAGCGGCCCAGCAGGAGGCGCAGUCGACGCAGCAACAGCAGCAGCUGCAAGCGCUCCACGAACAGUACCCGGGCUACAGCACGACUUACCUGAAAAAGAUGCUGCGACAGCAAAAGCUGCAGCACCCGCUGCGGCAAGGGGAAAAGUUACAAGCCGCGCAGCAACUCCAGCAGCUACAGCAGGCCCGAGCCACCACAGCUGCAGCUGAUGCGGAAGAAAACAAGAGCGAG